AUGUUCAGAAGCAGAGGUGGAAGUUGUUACGUUGGCAGGAGGUGUCGGACUCCGCCAUCUUUUUACCAGAAAGAACAGUCGGAGUGUAUUGACCGUUGCGAGAGUGCGCCGUCCUCAUUCGACAUACCUAUGAACAUCGCCGAGUCGCUUGUUGCCCCAACCACGGCUGAUAACGUAACCGUCGAAGGUCGGCCGACAAGCCAGACGGUGAUGGGUUCGUAUUCGGCAAGCAGUCCGGUUUCUGAACUUUCCAAAAUCGAGCCGUUCAUUAGCAGUUCCGCGUGUGAGAGCAAGGUAGAUUGCGAGAUCUGCGGCAAGGUGUUCAGCAAGAUUGGCUUGUUGAGACUGCAUAUGAACGUGCACAUAUUCGAACGAUCGAGCCGACGGUACGACUUCAAGUGUUCGAGUUGCAACUGCGGCUUUCGAUCGCGAAGUCUUCUACAGAAGCAUAUUUCCAACGCUCAUCCGAGACACGAAAAAGAGGAUGGCGCGAGUGCAACAGAAAGCGGCGGAGAUGUGACAGCCGUCGCCUCGUCGUCUCAUUCCGAUUCGUCGACGGCCAGUUCUCUGAACCCUCGCCCAUUCGAAUGCGUCGACUGCAGCAUCGCGUUCCGCAUUCACGGCCAUUUGGCGAAACAUCUUCGGUCGAAGCUGCAUAUCAUGAAGUUGGAGUGCCUCGGCAAAAUACCGAUCGGCACAUUCGCUCGUCUGGAAGAGGCCGGCGUGCGGUUCUUUCUCGAAAUCGACACCAGUGACUGCCAGAAUUCGCUGAAGAGUUUGCUGUUGUUGAACGAAAAGUUGGACGCUUCGUCGUCUUCGUCACCCAGAACAAGCGACGCUUUGUCUGCGGACAGCUAUGCGUCCUCCGCAUUAAAAGAUGGAUCGACUCAGACGAAAGACAACCUUAAAAAUGCCGAAGUUGACAUGAUUGACCUGAACUCGCAGAGUGACGCCAUCUCUGCCUGCGAUGCGGACCAGAACCGUUCGAUCGUUGCAGGUUUGUGGGUACCUCCGAAAGUGACCGAACUGGCUGUGUCCGCCGUGUCUGACGUCAGGAACGACCACGACGAGUCCGAGGACGGAGGCGGCGACUCGGUUCCGCCGGACGACUUUCCGCGCGUUUCCAACAUGUUCACGGUGAGCACUGCCGAGGCGGAGGUCGACGAGGACGCGUUGAAGAAGGCGCACACGUUUUCUCAGACGUAUUGUAAGUUUUGUGCUUUGUCGUUUCUGGAUGCGAUCGACCUCGAAGUACAUUGGCACGCAGACCACGUGGUGAUGAAGGACGGCAAGGAUUACAAAUGUCCGAAGGAUAACUGUGAUAAGGUGUACCCGAACAAAGAGAGUCUACGGCAGCACAUCGCGUUGCAUUUCCUUGGCAGACUAAACAUCGACUACGACGCGGCUGCGGCUGCUGCGGCAGCGGCGGAUGUCAGUAAAGCGACUGUUGUCGCCCUGAGUCGGAAGCUGAAUGGCAUAACAAACAGCGGUGGCGGUGGUGGUGCUGUCUGUGAACUCUGCGACGAUCCCGGUGGCAAAAUGCGCAAACGAAUGAAGACACCCCUUGUGAAGCUGAAUGUACUACCGGAUUCGCCCGGUGUCGAACAGCAACAGAAUAGGAAUAUGACUAAUCCAAGCUUAGCAAGUGGCAUGUCCAACUGUGCAUCGCCCAUCAGCGACUCGGAUACCAGUCGUGUCAGCGCCAGUGGUCAGAGCACGAGUCCAGCUCCGAGUCCGUUGGACGCCGUAGCGUGUCCAAAAACUGUCAAGUGUUAUUCAUCGAGAUCUAGGAGAACUCCGAUUAUGGCUGACGAGCCGACCGCUUCUUCUUCGACCCCCGUUUUCUCGAAAAGAAGCGGCAGCGUAUCCAGCGAGCAGGCGAUGCCAACUUGUUUCACGAGCGACACCGUAUUCGUACCCAUGUCAACGUCUUACCAUGAUGAGGCAAAAUCCGCUGCCGAAUUGAGUUACCACCAGUGCAAAGUGAGAUGCGGUUCCAGAUCCGGCUCCAACUCCGGCUCCUGUUCCGCGUCCGCAUCCGGAUCCGGUUUAACGUCUCCAAAUCCGAAUCUGUUCGCGAAUAUUAAUCAGAACACGGUUCUUCCGACCGCGUGGAACAUGCCAUCAUUUUACGCGAACCCGGUUUCGCCGCAGCCGUUCUAUCUUGCCGCGGCUGCCAACCCGUUGUCCCUGUUCACGUAUCAGAAUGACCAGCCUUCUUCGAACAACUUGCACCUGAUUUCGAACACCGCUUGGAUGAACUUGCGAGCUAUGACCCCGCAGUUCGCUGCGUCGUUGUAUUUGAAUUCUUUACCGAAGCCUCCGUUAUUCAGCCCUGUCGCUGCAAAUGCCACCAGCAUCAGCGAACAGUCGCUGCAGUCGUCGAACAACGUUUCUGCUGCUGCCACGGCGGACACUCAUUUCUGUUUCAUUUGCAGCAAGCAGUUCUUGGAGCUGCCAGCGUUUCAGCAGCACAUACUCAACCAUUCGCAACUGAGGCCGUUCGUAUGCGAGUACUGCGACGCCGGUUUCACCACCUGGCAAGCGCUGGAGUCUCAUCUGCCGUGCCGAUUCCAAUAG